GGGGCUUGCAGAUGAGAAACUACCAAACUUCCCAAACUUCCUUAACUUCCUAAUUUCCCUAACUUCCCUAAUUUCCUGACAUCUUUAACUCCUUUAACUUUCCUAACUCUUCUAAUGCAGCCAGGCCAGCAAAAACGCAUCUCAGAUAUCGCUUCGAAACUGGAUAUCGAAGGCAACAUAUCCUAUGAGCAUGAAGCUAUACUCAACGAGCGACUGGUCCUAGCUUUUAGCUCGUUUCCCCGCCGAACGAAGAAGAUUGAUCGGAUACAUGUUUCAGCAGUGGAGCGGUCUAUGCGAAAAAAAGCUAGUAUCAUAUACAAGGAGGUUUUGCGAUGCGCGCCUCACCAAUUGAUUCCUGUUAUUCUAGCUAUCUCGCCCUGGGCAUGUAAGAGAUUUAACGUUCGCGAAUAUCUGGCUCAAGAGCGCAGGGCUUUUUCCGCUCUUAACAGGAGUAUUCAGAACGUACUGGAUUAUGUUGCCAGAAUACACGGAUUUGAUCAAGAAGCUGCUUCUCAUCAAUGGAUAAACACACUUUUCCCCCAAGGUGCGAAUAGUCAAGGAACUAGCAUGAAGCGUGCUAACAAGAUGCAGCAGAUCAAGGGAUCCAGAGACCGAUAACCCCAAUGGAGAAUGACGAGUGCCGGACCUUCCACACUGCAUCCCGAGGAGAACUUCACAUAUUUGGACCGAGCAUUAUGGAUAGAUUACAGGGAGAGGAGGUUGCGCCAAACCUAACAAAUUGUGUCAGAACCAGAGCCACAAGUGGCGUUUACGCGGAUAUCCUCAUCUCCAUAGACCUAAAAUCGUAUCUCGACAUUGCUGAUAUCCUUUUUCCGCAAAAUAGACUUGCGAGCCUGCUACACACAGAGAUAUGUGCUAAUAGCGACAAUGUUGGUUCGUGGCAUUGCUAGUAAUCUGGUGCACUGCUG